AUGAUUGUUGCCGACCUGGCCUCUUCUGGAUUUGAGGUUUCAAGGAACACAGUUGGACGUACAGGGGCUCCAGGCCUCCCAGGGAAACAAGGACUACAAGGAUGGCCUGGACCAGAGGGACCCCAGGCUGAGAAAGGGGAUCCAGGACUCAUGGGAUUGCCAGGACUAAGGGGACCACCAGGGAUAAAGGGUUUGCCUGGUUACAAAGGAGAUAAGGGGGGUCAUGGUGACCCUGGAGCAUCAGGACCAAAAGGAGAUAAGGGCUCCAUUGGUUUGCCUGGGAUGCUUGGACAGAAGGGUGAGCAGGGAACAAACGGAGGGCCGGGAGUGGCAGGGAAGAGAGGACCCACUGGACGGCCAGGGAAGAGAGGCAAACAGGGCAUGAAGGGUCACUCUGGCACCCCAGGAGCCAUGGGCCCCCAAGGACCUUCAGGACCAAAUGGCCAUCCAGGACCACCUGGUCCACCUGCCUCAGGUCUCUAUCUAGUAGGGGAAAAGGGGGAGAAGGGUCUUCCUGGUGCAUCGGGUCGCUGUGACUGUGAUUCAACUGUUGGAGCCAAUAAUGCUCCUUUUGGAAGCUACACGCAGCGGGGGGGCCUCAAUAAAGUCCCUGCAAUAUUUGUGGUAAACAAUGAGGAGGAGAUGGAGCGUCUGCGUUUAGACGACUCAAUAGCAUUCAGGAAGGACCAGAGGGCGCUGUACUUCAAAGAUAAAGAUGGAUGGAAGCCCAUACAGCCCUUCCAGCCGUUCCAGUCCACAGAGAAAGUCCCCGACAGAGUUGGUGUGUGUGGAGACGGGAAGGUGCAGGCCCAGCACGGAGAGGAGUGUGAUGAUGGAAACCAGAUUGUCACCGAUGCCUGUCUUAACUGUAAGUGGGCCUACUGCGGCGAUGGCUACCGACAUGACGGCAUUGAGGAGUGUGAUGGAAAGGACUUUGGUUAUCAGAUCUGCAAAUCCUAUCUCCCCGGGUCCUUUGGGCGGCUCAGAUGCACCGACUCUUGCCUCAUUGACUCCACUGGUUGCAAGUAUUUCACCUGAACUGGAAAGUGAGACAAAUUGCCUGAUUGCAACUUCGCAGUUCCUCUUUCUGAUCACUGGGGUCUAUAUUUCAGAUUUCUACUGAAGUCUCACCCCUUUAAAAUAAAUGACGGAAUGAAAGAGACUAAAGGAAGCUCUUGCGCCUGCUCUGAGCCAUGUGAAUCGACCGUCUCCCCUGGAGGUUUCAAUCUUUGUCUGGCCUCAGGGAGCCACUUCCUGUUAUAGUCAUCGGCUGCAGCACUGUUAUGGACACCGGUGGUGGUGGUGGGACACGUUUUAAUGAUUGUAUCAUAUGAAAUAGUUACAAUGUGUAUGACUUGCUGACUGUUAAUGCAAAAAUAAGCUGUAUUGUGAAAUUAUUUUGUAAAGAGAGACAGGAAAAAGAGCCUUUCAAAUGAGGCAAUUAUAUUAUUGAUACUAUAUAUACUGUAGUAUGCAAAUCAGGGGUGUGUAAAUGUGUUUAUUCCUUAGGAAACAUGUAUUUAUGAAGUGUAAUACUGUGAAAAUGCAUGUAAUUGUGUACAAGUGCACAUUGGACUGUUUACCUAGUGCUAUAAAUGUAAUAUCCAAAGUAUAGCCCUCUCGAUGUGAAUGUUCAAAUACCGACAGGAGGGAAACGAAUGUCGUACUGCAACAAGAAAAACUGUGAUCAUCGCAGCAGCAUGAAGAAACUGCUCAGUUACAUCAAAGGAAAUUCAACCUUAAUUCAGCCAAAUGUAAUAAGUGUAUUUUAAUCUGCCUGCAUGACUGUAAAGUUCACACUGUACACUAAUAAA